AUGGCCAAUUUCAAGGUCACUAGUCAUUCGGGCGCACUGGUGGAAAACACUAAGCUUGACUUCCAAAGCUUGUAUUUGCACAGGUUCAUUUCUGGGGAUAAGAAAAACCAGUAUGUAGUGAUAGAUGGAUUUGGUAGUACUGACCUUGGUCUCACAACCAUCAACAACUGGGCGAUAUAUGAUGGUGCGGCCUCGGAUGCAAAGCUAGUCGCUCAUGCAAAAGGCAUGCGUAUGAACGCUGCUGACUGGUGCAAUUUAUUCAUCAUAGUGUUCGAGCUUGACAGGUUCAAAGGAUCCACGCUUUCUGUGAUGGGGGCAACCACUGAGGAACAAGGUGAAUGGGCUAUUGUUGGUGGGACAGGUGACUUCGCUAUGGCGCGUGGUGUCAUCCAUAGAAAAAUACAUCAAAAAGUAGCUGAUGGAGAUGUAUUAGAGCUUACUAUCGAUGCAUUCUGCCACAGGAAGGGGCAGCCUUCACCCACUCCGCAGCCUCCUGCCCCUUGCCAGCCGAUUCAGCCUCCUGUUCAGCCGCGUCCUGCCCCCACUCCCAUAAAAUAUGGACCAUGGGGCGGAACUGGUGAAAAACUUUACCAGUUCAACCCAAACAUGUCUGUACGCCUAAAGAGUAUGACAGUCUUCCGUCAUUAUGCUGUUAAUGGACUUACUUUCACUUAUACCGGCCAAGAUGGCCAGGAACACACCAGCGAACUUUUUGGUAAUAGCGUUCUUCGUGGCAACAAAGUUGACAGUCAAACAUUUCAGCUCGGCCCAACGGAGUUUCUGACAGGGCUGUCAGGAACAUACGGCCAUGAAUCCAGAUCAAACAAUAUUGCUAUGUAUUCCCUUAAGCUGGUCACCAACCUCGGCAACACUCAUGGACCUUUCGGAACUCCUGCGAUAGGCACCCCUUUCAGCUUUUCUGUGCCUCAGAACAACAGAAUUGUGAGCUUCUUUGGGGGAUAUACGGGUUACGCCAUCAAUUCAAUUGGUAUCUACACGCUCGACAAUUCUGCUUAG